AUGAGCCUGCAGGCCGGCCCUAGAUCAUUAGUGGCCACAAGGUGUACACACAAAAGGCUUCGUGACCAUGAGUUUGGACAAGUGAUGCUCAACAAUCUGGCCAAUGGGGUCUCACGAAUAAGAGAGAACUGGGAAUCCUAUACCGCUCUGUGUUCCUUGACCUUCUUGGCAUCCCGAAUCCUAUCUCAAGUUCCUAGCGAUCUGGUCAGCCCCUUUAUUGACCUUAUCGAUGAGUGUCGUGCUGUCUCCUACCGAUGGCUAGCUAUCGUGCUUGAAAGAGCGCAGACAACUACUGACGAGGCCCAUCGAAAGGGCUUGUUGGGGGCAGUGCUGAACAUUGCGCUCGUAUGUGUCGAUUCAUUCAAUGUGGAUGAGUACUUUUUGGCCAAAGUGCUAACUGACUCGGAUCGAGCAUCCAUCUUGCUUGAAUGCUCAGUCAUCAUUCACAACAAUACCCCUGUACAAAUUCCAACAGACGAACCUCUCCAAAACGCCCUAUUCGAUAGAUGGAGACACACCAUGUACCGCGCUCGUGAUGUGCUGGUUGGACAGAGCGCCCUUGCCAAUUCGUGCUUCAACAUUGCCGUGAAACGAUGUUGGCCAGCAUUUGUUCCUGUCUCCAAUUGGGCGCUUGCUGACAAAACAUGCCAUUGGCUGCAGACAACCACCCGUGAAGGACUGCGGGUCCAUCUUGAUAUUUUUACAGGGGAGUUACUAGUCAGCGGUUCCCCCUUGGCACGCCUUCCGAAAGAGUACGAAAGUCACGACAGCUACAAAAGACUGUUCGGCGGUCUUGUCUUGGAAGUAAUGCCUAGUAAUAUGCCAGGUAUGCGUUUCUGUACCACACAGCAGUUUCAAGGUAACACUGUUCACUUUGGAAUGCAGCGUCAGGACCUGCUCAUUAGGCUGGAGGCUGUCGGGUCCCAUGUAGAUCUAAUCCCGCUACGGACAUUGAGAGGACUAUUGCCACAUUCAUUUGUCGAUGGGUAUACCCAUUGGUAUCAUAUCAGCACGGGCAUUGUGGAAUUUCGCCCGCGGAAAGAUCCAUGGGCCAGGAACUCUAGCAAUUGGUACCUUUCUCCUUCAGGCGAAGUUUGGACAUUGAGACAAGGUGCAAGCAUAUGUCUCCUCGCCCCAUGCAGCGGAAUGGCGCACUAUUUGGCAACAGUAUUAUCGCCAAUCGAAGACUCACUUUAUCUCCACAUUCUCUUUGACCGAUCUGUCGGCUCUUUAGAAAUCCAUGUGCCCCGGUUGCAGCUCGACUUUUUCAUAAAGGCUGAAGACUCAACCAUCCGAUCCCGACAGUUUCGUGGCAUGCAUAUCGAUCCGGACCAGUCGUUGGGGACGUUGGUGGGGUUUACAAGCAAGCUCAUUUUACGUAGUGACUUUGCUUUGUCAGUCAGGAUGUUGAUUGUUCCAGAAGGACGUGUACAGAUCCAGAGGCUUGGAGGUCAAGUUACUGCCGCUGUAGCUUAUGGAACUGCUCGGCGCAUACAGAAUUAUCGGAUCGAUAAACUCCUUCGCCGCCUCGUCGCGAGUACGAAGCUUGAGAGCAAGCUUUUUCUUGCCUAUGUCCAUGCUCUUACAUCCUUCUGCCUUCCAGAUCCAUUCUUAGGGCGGACAGGAACGGAGGAAGCUAUUCGUCUCUUGGGUUCGGCAUCUGUCCGAGCACCCGGUCCACUGUCUACAACAGAGCAUGGCAGAUUGCAAUCAAUCGCUUCUCUCUCUCCAGUCCGGGUUUUCUACCCCGAACACGAGAGAGUUAUGCAGCAAGUUUCCUGGUCUUCAGAUCUCGGGUUUCUCGCUCAAGACGACAGAUUUUACACAAUCACAAAGGAAAUCAUCGACCGAUCUGUCGAGGUUGGCUUUCUCUACCCUGAUACUGAUAGGCCAGAAGAACUCAGUCGAAAUACGAUCGAGUUGGUUGAACGAGCUAUCCUUAGGAAGGCUCGCCAGUGUGUGUCUGGCUAUGGUGCAGAGGACUUCUCUGUUCUGCAUGAUGUCAUAUACCAGUCAAGAGAUGAUGGGUCUUCAAAUCGAGCAGCCCGUGCUGCGGAAAUGGCUGUCCGAGCGUGCAGGGGCCAUGCUAGUUUGCUUGAGCCUGUCGCUGCUGGGCUCUCCGGUCAUCUGUACACGCUUCUGAGCAACGAGGCAAUCGCAUUUCCGAGAACAAUUCCACCAGAGGAUGACCUGCUUUACGACUCAAAGUGGCUCAGCAGCCCUGCAACUUUCUUACCUUGGCAGAAUGCCAUCGCGCAAUACGGACUUGCGAUCACUGCUCUUCAGCAGGCGAAGCGCUUGGUCUCGUUCUGUAAGGAUGAAGCCGACCUUGUUCGCGAGCUUGAAAAUUCUGGCCACGAGGGUUGGAAGGUCCAUGAGUACCCCGAAUGGCUGCUUCUUGAAUGCGAAAGCGAGAUCAUGAUCCGGCAAGCACAACAGCAGAUUGCUCGACAAAUGAUGCAGCCUCCAGACGGCGAAAACAUUUCACUGCAGUUGAAUAUGGGGGAAGGCAAGUCUUCUGUCAUUGUCCCUAUUGUCGCUUCCGCUCAGGGCAAUGGCUCACGCCUUGUCCGUGUUAUCGUGGCAAAGCCGCAAUCGAAACAGAUGCAGCAGAUGCUCACUUCCAAGUUAUCUGGUAUGCUUGACCGCCCAGUUUAUCAAUUACCCUUUUCCAGAGACAUUAGGCUGGAUGAAUCUCAAGCACAGACUAUCCACAAGCUUUUAACCAGGUGUAUGCGAGAGGGUGGUAUUCUCCUCGUUCAGCCGGAACAUCUGUUAUCUUUACAGCUGAUGGAGCUGGAAUUGCAUGCCAACCAGAGGAGCGGAGUCGCCCAGAGGAUGGUGGAGAUUCGCCAAUUCUUUCACGAAUACUCAUCAGAUGUGGUGGAUGAGAUUGACGAGAACUUGAGCGUCAAGUUUGAGUUAGUCUACACAGUUGGCCAGCAGAGACCGAUCUAUCACAGCCCAGAUCGAUGGAGAAUCAUUCAGGAAACUCUGGGCCUCGUCUUUCGAUUUUGUAUGGAGGCUAAAGCAGAAUUCUCGCAAUCCCUUGACAUCACUGGUCAGCAUCCUGGUCGGGUUCCUAGGGUCCGAAUUCUUCACCGCCGUGUUGAAGCGACAAUAUUUGAGCGCGUAGCAACUUUCAUAUGCGAGACCGGUAUGGAUGGAUUUCCAAUCUCACAUCAGCCUCCCGUCGUCAGGGGCGCAGUUUUCCAGUACAUUACCCGGCUGGAUUUGCCAGAUGUUGAGGUCGAGACGGUGAAGAAUAGUUCCUUCUGGCAUGAGAGCACUGAGAGCCAUUUACUUCUUCUUCGAGGGCUCUUUGCAUCCGGUAUACUCGCGUUCGCGUUUGUCCAGAAGCGUUGGAGAGUCAACUAUGGCCUAGAUCCAAAUAGGAAAACAGGAACGAAACUUGCAGUACCAUUCAGAGCUAAGGACAAUCCAACCCCCCGGUCAGAAUUUAGUCACCCUGACGUGGUGAUUGUCCUCACUUGUCUAAGCUACUACUAUGGUGGGCUAGAUAACGAGGCUCUCUUCACGAUAUUCAAUCUCCUCGUGCGGUCGGACGAUGCGGAUCAGGAAUACCAGGACUGGGUCAAGACUACUACGAUGCCGCAUGCAUUCAGGCACCUCCAGGGGGUCAACCUCAGAGACUACACGCAGUGCAAGUUGAACAUAUUUCCUCACCUUCGGUUCUCCAAAGCGGCUAUUGACUACUUUCUUUCUCACAUGGUCUUUGCGAAGGAGUGUAAAGAAUUUCCGUACAAAUUGUCUGCUUCAGGCUGGGACUUGGGCAAGAAGAAGUCUAAUGUAACCACAGGAUUCAGUGGCACCAAUGAUUCUUGCUAUGUUCUCCCUCUGGAUAUGAAGCAGCUUGAUCUUCCUGAACAGAAGCACACCAACGCAUUGGUACUAAAUAACCUUCUGAGGCCGGAGAACACCAUUGCAAUGAUGUCUGCGGACAUGAAAGGAACAGCACUGAACAGCCAUUAUCUUCUUACCAUGGUAACUGGAAUGAGCUCUCAAAUCCGCGUCAUCCUUGAUGUUGGUGCCCAGAUUGUCGAUCGCACAAAUCUCGAAUUCAGUAAAGAAUGGCUCAAGAGCUACGGUGGCGAUAACCACACGCGCGCUGUCGUAUUUUUCGAUGACUCUGAUAAUAUCAUGGUGCUCAGUCGAUCCGGUCAAGUCGAAGAAUUUCAAGGCUCGCCCUUUGCGGAUCAAUUAGACCAGUGUCUUGUGUUUCUCGACGAGGCCCAUACAAGAGGCACAGACCUGAGGCUACCUACCAAUUAUCGAGCGGCAGUAACACUGGGUGCAAACUUAACGAAGGAUAGACUAGUGCAAGCAUGCAUGAGGAUGCGGAAGCUCGGAAAAGGGCAGAGUGUGGAGUUCUGCAUUCCGAGAGAGAUUGAGCAAAAGAUAAUUCGCCUCAUGGGUCGGGCCCAAAUAGCCCCGUGCAGUCUAACAGUAUCAGAUGUUCUUUGUUGGGCCAUCAGCGAGACCUGCCAGAGCUUACGGCGGGAAGUGCCAUUGUGGCUCACCCAGGGCAUACGCUUCGAUCACCAACAACGCUUAUGGGAUGACAUGAAUACCAGUAACGACCAAUUAAGCAGAUUAGCAUGCGCUCAAAGCUUCCGAGAGGAUGAGGCAUUGUCACUAGAUCGGCGUUAUAACCCACAGCAAAGUCACCCCAGUAUUUCUUCACUCCUCGACCGCCUCGGAUCUCGCUCUGGUGCGAUGAUGUAUGAACUCUGCCAGCAAUUCGGCCUAGCGGAGCUACGCACAUCUGCACUACAAGAGGAACAAGAGCGUGAACUGUCGCCCGAAACCGAACAAGAAAGCCAAGUGGAGAGGCCACCCCCAGCGCAGCCGGCAAGACAUAGUCUACAUGCGGAUGUGCGCAAGUUCGUCCAGAGUGGUAUCUUCACAGGAUCCACCGCAGCGUUUCAGCCCGCUUUCGCCACCUUACACCUCACCUCGGCGUCUAAGAGUUUUGAUGUGCGCGAGUUCCAAAACAACGUAUGGGUGACGAGGGAUUUUUCCAAGGUCGUCGAGGAAUCACUUGGCUCCGAAGACUUCUUGGACGGAUUUCAACGUUCCGUGCAAUGGAUAUUGACGAGCAAAGAUGAAAUCCUCAAUGAGCGUCUUCUAGUUGUCAGUCCCUUCGAGGCCCAAAGGCUUCUACCUGAUAUCGAGGCGUCCCAACACGUCUCUCUUCGGCUUUACUCACCGAGGGUCAAUCUCGGCUUUGAGUCGCUGGACCAUCUCAACCUUUACACCGUCCCCCAGGCGCAGAAUUGUAGCGCUAUCCCUCGAAGUCUCAUUACACCACUCAAUAUCUUUUCUAGACAGCUGUAUCUCUCAAGUUUCUCCGAUUACAUCCACCUUUGCGAUUUUCUCGGACUUGCGUGGAAAGCUGCUGAUGGAACAGUCGGCUUUGGGCCUGAUGGCUGGAUUCCACCAACGCUGCCAACGAACACCUGCAUCAAUAGAUCGGGGCUCUCGAAAAGUCCCGUUCCGUUCUUGAAGAUUUUUUUUACAAAGAUACGGCAGGAAUCUGCAGAGCCUGAAAAGGCUGCCGAUGAAGAGGUAGUUUGGGAUACAGAACCGAAGCCGGCUACAGAAGAGGCACCACCGUGCGACUACCCUUGCGAUACUGAGGUCGCAGUAGAAGAGGACCAAGGAAUAAGGAAGACGGAGCCUGGGGCACCAGAUGAGGAAUACGUAUGUGUGCCGGCUAUGAAGGAGAAAGCUUGCGAUGACGACUUCUCUGCACCUGAUGAUGAUGGAUGCAAUCUAGCGAGCUAUGAGUUGGGAGACCCCGAGGAGGAACCCCCCAGGAUUGAGGCAGGCCCAGCAGAAGUAUACGAGUCUCUGGCAGAGUGUACAACGCCCUCAGAUGAGGAACCGAGGGAAGAGCGCGCACAAGAUAAGAAAGAGCCGACGUAUCCCAUAGAAGAUGGUCUUUCGAACCAGAAUACUGUGGAAUCAGGUUUGGAGAAUAUUUUGGGAGGGCUGUGUCGCAUUGAGGCGGACCAAGAACAUUCAGAUGAGCCUGUAGAGAAGGUGAGCAAUCAAGAUAAAGGGCGGCAUAGGUUUACAAAGCUGAAAGUCUGGCACAAAGACCCUUUCUAUCCGGUGCCUCUAGAAGCUAAAGUGCAGCACCGAUUGAUGGUGAAGUUACAGCAAGUGAUGGAGCACGCAUGCUAUGAGUUUGCUCAACGAGAAAUGCAGAAAACCCUAGAAGAUCAAGAAUGGGAUCACCCUGAAGCAGCGGAACUGGAUCAGUGGAUGAACAUACUGAUUGGUCAUGACGGUUUUGAUACGAACAAAAGCACAGAAGAGGUUGAAGCGCUUUUCUUGUCGGGAAUAGAGAUCAGAGAUGUGGCUGUUAAGCGUAUAACUGUCGAUUCUGAGAGGACCAAGGUAUUCCUAAAGAAUGCGGAGGACAUAUUGAAGGUUCUCAAGGCUGGAGAUUACCUCCGUGUCGUUGAGAAGCUUCGGAGUGACAUCGACAAGUCUUUAGGAGAACUUCGUUUAACCACUAUGCUUAAGCAGACCAGGGUAGAGAGGGAGUUGGCUCAGAUAGCUGCCGAAUCGAAGAAGCUUCAGCAGCGCAUGGAGAGAGUAGAGACAGUAAUCCUGCCCUGGAUGAAACAGUGCCAGGAGGCAGCAGGGUCUAGAGUUUUGGAAGCGAUUGGUGCAGCAGAGGUAGUUGCAGAAGUUUAA